AGGGUGCACAGCCAGGGACUUCCAGCCGUGGCUGCUCUGCUCGGUGCUGGGCUCAUGGAGCUUCGUCUGCUGUGUGGACUGCUGCUGCUGGCUGUCCUGGCAGGUGUGAUUCCCAGCCAGGGAGGGAUUCUGAAUCUGAACAAAAUGGUCAAGCAGAUGACCAGGAAGAUACCCUUCUUCUCCUACUGGCCCUAUGGCUGUUACUGCGGCCCCGGUGGCAGAGGCCAGCCCAAGGACGCCACAGACUGGUGCUGCCAGGUCCAUGACUGCUGCUACUCUAACCUGAAGACGACCCACGGCUGCCGUACACUCAGGGACCACUACAAAUACAACUUCUCCCAGGGAACCAUUCAGUGCUCUGACAAGGGGAGCACGUGCGAGCAGCAGCUGUGUGCCUGUGACAAGGAGUUGGCCCUCUGCCUGAAGCGUAACCUGGACACCUACCAGAAACACCUGCGCUAUUACUGGCGCCCCCGCUGCCAUGGCAAGACCCCCGAGUGUUAGAAAAAGCCUCCCCAUCUACCCUCUUCUGGAAUGUCCAGACCUCUGCCCCCACAGCCAAUCCCUGCAAGAACCGGCACACUCCCUUAAGGAGUGGGUCCCAGUUGCCUGCCAGUCCAUGCUCCUCUGUCUUCCCAAAUC